AUGAACGUUAAAAAAACUCACGGCUGUCAUCCUAUUGGCAACUUAGCCUAUAAUGAUUAUCAAUGUCAAGUAGAAUACAAUGGUGUUAAACUUUCUCAAGUCUUAUGGGAUCCAUAUUAUCCAGUUUUUGAAAUCACGACUGAUGUUCCUCCUGGAGGACAUGAGGGAACAGCUUAUGCAGAAGCACUUGGACACUUUUCCUUAUCCAUCGCCGGUGAUUCAAUGAAAUUUAUAAACAAUCCUAUAUUUGUUAAUGGCCAUCAUUGUGAUAAACGUGGUAACUCAGAAGUUAAUCCAUUCAAAAAAUCGUUCUUAUAUGAUGAAAAAAAUAGACCUGCAAAUGGAUCAGUAGCAGAAUAUUGGAUUUCAAUAUAUUGGAAUUGUAAUGUAGAAGAUAUUAAAUCUAUAGAAUGUUGUCAUAAAGAUGUUUAUUACACAAAUACUAUAAAUUACGGUUAA